AUGCGUAGCUCAUGCGUAGCUCAUGCAGCUAGUGCUUUUGGGCAGCAUGCUACUGAAAACCAUGCGCUGCUCAAGCCCAGCUUAGAGAAAAUGAUCAGGGGUGACGAUGGGCAUUUGCAGACCGACCUGGAACAGGUGCGAAGCUACAAUUUGUCACGCAGUCAUGCCACGUCUUGCCCCGUGGCUUUGCUGCCUCAACUGUUGACACAGGAGCAGAAGGUUCUCACGUACAAUAUGUGUCCACGGUGCACAGUGACUGGGCUAAAGCGCAGGCCAGGGCUGUGUCCAGAAGAACUGAAGGGCGCAGCCUCGCAACAAUCCAUGGCUCUCGCAACAUCUCGCAUUGGUCGUCUCACUGGUCUAGGCUGUGACCAGUCCGACGGCCAAUGUCAAGCCCUCACCAAGGGGAGCUACAGGCAUGCAGUGCCACCUUUGCCUUCUUUUUUGAAGCAUGCCGAAGAGAAACUCAAGAUUGAAGCGAGGAAUGAACAUGACAAUCCUUCAGCCAAACUAAUGAAACCAGAGGAAGCACGGAACUGGUGCAAAUUCAGGCCUUUGGUGGACUGGAAACUCAGGCGGCCAGCUGCACAGAAACCUGUUUGCCUUUUGCAACUUUUGCAAGAGGUUGGCGUGGGUUACGUGAUUCAGGCGCCAAGUGCUUCCGUCACGAAGCGAGCAGCUGGCUCUCCAAAGGAGGCCUUUGGCGGACUGGAAACUCAAGUGGCUGGAGCAAGCUACUUGAUGCAAGCACCAUGUGCUUCUGCCAGUUCCAAGGGGAAGUCCGUGGAAUCUCCGAAGGAGGCCUUUGGCGGACUGGAAACUCAAGUGGCUGGAGCAAGCUACUUGAUGCAAGCACCAUGUGCUUCUGCCAGUUCCAAGGGGAAGUCCGUGGAAUCUCCGAAGGAGGCCUUUGGCGGACUGGAAACUCAAGUAGCUGGAACAAGCUACUUGAUUCAAGCACCAUGUGCUUCCACCAGUUCCAAGGGAAAGUCCGUGGAAUCUCCGAAGGAGGCCUGUGGCGGACUGGAAACGCAAGUAGCUGAAGAAUCUCCUGAAUCGCCGAAAUGCUCCACAUCACCCCAGGCGAAAUCCCUUUUUCGGUGUCCGGAAUGCAACGCGUUCGUGUCGAGCAUGGAGGAGGCCUUGAAGCAUUGUGGCACUUUGGGAGAUGGAGGCCAGCCCACCAGCCCGAGCUGCCUACCUUCAGGUGAGGCCAUUGCAUUCGAUGAGCAGGGGAGGAUGCUGAUCGUAAGGGUGACCCAACCCACAGGAGAGCGAGAAACAGUUGUAAGGCUGCCAGAUGGACAACAACGGACUUUUGAUGCUUCAUCAGUCAAGAAGAUGAUCGAAUCCCCUGAGAAGGAAGUUUCAGAGUUUCUUGAGAACCUGAGCCAUACAGAGUUGCGUGGCCUAGUUCAUGAGGUUGGCCAGCGGCUUCUGGAGGGCUCGCGACUGUAUCACAGCAGGCUUGCUGAGCUUGACAGGCUUGGAGAGAUGUCAAAUAUGAAGUUCUUUGACCUUGACGAAAAUGCUACAAUGCGGGACCUCGACAACGCGUAUCGAAAACUAGCCAAGAAGAUGCACCCAGACAAGAAUGGUGGCACUGACGAAGCAAAGCAGAGGUUCCAAGCAAUGAAAGAGCGAUAUGAGGCUUUGAAAAAAAAGCUGUCAGAGGACAAUGUUGACAAGGAGAGUGAAGGUAGGAAAAAUGAAGAACCAGAAGAGAGGGAACCGAAGGAAAAGAAUGAGAAGAAAGACAAGAAGGAGGACUCAAAUGACGACGCAAAGUCUAUAGAGUACGAUCCUUCGAACAAGGAGUCUAUGGUCAGCACCGUGGUGAAGAUGGCGGGCCAGCUGAAGAACAUUGACGUUCAGAUGGAUAUCCUACUGAAGGAGCUCUCAAGAAUGUCGCAGCAUCCCGAAGGGACCUGAGCGAGAGCAAAUUCAGACGCGACAAGAGACAAAGUUCACUCAGUGGCAGUGGCAUAGCCCAACGUUAUCCAAAGUUGUCAUUCAAGCCAUUUCAAGCCAAGCAGAGAACAG